UAACUUUGUUUUUUCAAUUGAUUGAUUAUUGAUUGAUAUCCGCGAAUUGAAACCAUCAAAACAACGCGUAACAUGUGCAUUGUUGGUGUUGGUUGGUUUUGUUGUUGUUGUUGUUGUUAAUGUUGAUGUUUGGUGUUUGAGUGCGCAGCAUCUCCAUUUCAACAUUGAUCAUCAAAUUUUUUUUUUGUCUUCACGAUUUGUUGAUUUGAUUCAUAUAAUUCUUUUUAUUGUUGCUAUUUGCAUUUAUUUAUUUCUGUUUCUUUGUGACUGUAAAUUGAAUUGAACCAAUGAAGUGAGAGCGGGGUAGACAAAACACAAGGAUCGUAUUGUUUGUUUAUUGAUCUUGAAACUUUUUUUUCCUAUCUUCUUACCCGGGAUAGAAUUCUGAAUUUUGACUACAACAAAAUGGAUGGCAAUUCUGAAAGACGCCCACUUCUUUCCUCAUCAAAUCAGUCUUCUGGCCAAAUUAUUCCUGAUAUAAUUCCAGUGCCGCCAAUUCGGCCAGAAGAUUUACCGCAAAAUAUUGGCACAAAUAAUCUAUUGGCAUGUUUGGUCUGUGGUUCCAUGAUCGAUAUAACAGUUAAAAAAGAUCAGCAUGUUGUCAAAUGUGACAAUUGUAAUGAAGCAACUCCAAUUCGACCAGCACCAUCCGGACGUCGAUUUGUAAGAUGUCCUUGUAAUUGUCUUCUGGUCUGUAAUGAAACAGCUUUUCGUAUCUCCUGUCCAAGGCCACAAUGUCGACGUAUUAUCAUUGUGAAAUCUGAUCUACCAACCAAUAAUAAUAAUAACCGUUCGGGUGAUCUUGAUUCCAAUUAUGAACAAUCUUCGGUAUCUAUUUUCUGUGCUCAUUGUCAUAGUUCAUUUUUAUUUAGCCGUGAUGAAUGGUUGGCACGUUGUCCACAUUGUCGUAAAUUAUCAUCGGUUAAUCCAAAACUUUCACGUAUGCGUGGAUUUAUUUUUUUAAUCAUAUCAUUAAUACUACUUGUCAUCGCUUUGGGCACGAUAUUCGGUACGAUGGCACGUACACGUCUUGGUUAUGGAGGUUUCAUUGUGCUUGAUAUUUUUUUGGCCAUAAUAUUCAUCUAUUUUAUCUAUCGUACAAUAUUCUAUUUUCGUUUAAAAAUCAGUAAAAGUACACAAAGCAAUGCAUUUACAUAAAGCUUUACAUAAAUCAAAAUAUCCAACAAAACAAAACAAAAAGAAUCAUCGAACAUAA